UUCAUUGCUUCUCCGCUCACUGAAGGCGUCGUUUGGGUGUGUUUUCUGUAGCUGCUGGCCAUCGAUCGCAUGCACUUCUGGAGGCAGUCUCCUCUCCCCCUCUGUGCGGACACUCAAUUAAUUCAUUAACAAAUAUUUGCCUGAGAAAAAGAACAGUGCCGUCGUAUAUUCAUUGAAUGCUGGAAUAACUGUUGAUCUAUAAUUGCAAUCCACCGAACUGUGAGUGUGUGUGCGUGUAUGUGUGCUAGUGCGUGAGCAAAAAUUAUUGUAUAAUCGCCAAAAAAAAAAAAAACUUAAAACGCCAACGCGAGAGCGAAAAACUUGUUGAACGGCAGAUCCCCACACACCCCCGACGAACUACCGAACCACGGAACCACCACCCACCAGCAAUCUAUAUACAUAGAUUACACAGCAGCGACUACGUCAUGCAGGCCAUCAAAUGCGUUGUUGUUGGCGACGGAGCCGUGGGUAAGACCUGCCUCCUGAUCAGCUACACGACCAAUGCCUUCCCGGGAGAAUACAUCCCCACGGUGUUUGAUAAUUACUCGGCCAACGUGAUGGUCGAUGCCAAGCCGAUCAAUCUGGGACUGUGGGAUACGGCCGGGCAGGAGGACUACGAUCGGUUGCGUCCGCUCUCCUACCCGCAGACGGAUGUCUUCCUCAUCUGCUUCUCGCUGGUCAAUCCCGCCUCGUUCGAGAACGUGCGCGCCAAGUGGUUCCCGGAGGUGCGUCACCACUGCCCCAGUGUGCCUAUCAUUCUGGUGGGCACCAAGCUGGAUCUGCGCGAUGACAAGGCCACCAUCGAGAAGCUCAAGGACAAGAAGCUGACGCCCAUCACCUAUCCGCAGGGCCUGGCCAUGGCCAAGGAGAUCGGAGCCGUCAAGUAUCUGGAGUGCUCGGCACUGACCCAAAAGGGCCUGAAGACGGUCUUCGAUGAGGCCAUUCGCUCUGUGCUUUGUCCGGUGGUUCGCAGGCCCCCACGUCGCAUGUGCAAGCUGCUGUAGGGCGGCGACAAUAAACAGAGAGAGAGAACAAAGUGCAAAAAACUCUUUUUUUGCAAACAACACAAAAAAAAAUGAAAAAGAAACAUAAAAUAAUGCAUGGGUUUACAGUUACAGCUAAUGUACGUGUGAGAGAGAGCGUGUCAGAGUGAGUUUAUGACAGAAAAAGAGAGAGAGAGUGUAUGUGUGAAUGAGUGAAUGAGCCAAGGUGUGUUAAUGCAAGGUGAGGCUUCGUUCCCAAGGAGUGGAUGAGCACGCGCCCUAUCCUGUUUUCAAACGCCUCAAAAAGAAAAAAGAAGAAAAAAAAGAGAGAGUGGAAAAGAAAAUCAUCAACUCGUUAAGGGGGAAAUGCCUCACCUUAUAAAGAAACACCAGCGUAAUUUUGGUUUUUAUUGUCAGCUUUAUGUGUGAUGUGUGUGGUAGGGGGAAGGCAGCUACGCAGCAGCAGCAGCAGAAAUAAUCAUUGAGAGUGCAUCCAGCAGGGCGAGGCGGGGGGCCCAGAGAAGCACCCACCCAUGCCUGUGUGUGGAUUGUGGAUGAUAUGUGUGUUUGCGUGUGUGAGACAAUGGGUGUCUCAGGCCGCAGGAAAUGUAUGACAAAUCAAAUAAAAUUAAUUGUAAAUAAAUCUAGAUACACGCCAACACACACACACAAAACACUGGCAUUGCAGGAGAUAAGAGCUGGGGAGCCCCGCCCAGCACCUAUCAUCGAACUGAAAGUCGACAAAUGCGGGGAGGAUAUUUUUGGGGGGAACUUUCAGUUUUUAGUUUUGUGUAUUUUGCAUUUGAUUUAUAUAACGUGUGAAUAAUGUCUGAAUUAUGUCUGAAUUAAUGCCACACUAAAGCCCCCAUUUAGCACUACUUUGAUGUUAAUUGAUCCACUGAUAUAUUUAUAACUUGUUUUUAAUGAGAGUGCGUGCGCAGACACUUUGCCAAAUUGUUUUUACCGACCAUAACCCUAAUUUAUAUACAUAAAUAUAUUAACAACAAUUUACUACUACAGUGUAAUGUUAAUAAACACAAUAAAUACCAUUGUAAAAAGCAAAAUAA